GAACCAUCUGCUGGAUAGUGUCUGUGUGGAGGCGAUCUCUUAGCAUUUUACAUUCAUAUAUAUAUAUAUAAUAUAGAUUUAUAUAUAUAUAUAUAUAUAUUUAUAACUAUCUAUACUGGUGAGAUCUUCGGUUUCUUAUUCACUAACGGUGGUACGAAUCUUUUCAAUGGCAUGACAAUUUUCCGCCGGAUCGGCAAUGGAGCCAGAGCCAGGCCUGAGCGAGCAAGACAUCGAACUGGACUCACUCGAACAGGUUUCCACUGCAUCCUCGUUUCAUUCGGAUAUUCAGAGACAUUACAAUGACGGCCGAGAAGCAAGCCGGUUCAUCGGCGCGGAUGACUUCAACAGGGAUUCUGACCCUGCAUACCGAGCAUCAGACACUAGUAGCAUCGAAGAGGAUAGGGAGACGUCACGACGAGAGCUUGAGAGACGAGCUUGGGAUGCACUCCAAGCUGCCCGGUCCAAGCCAGUAGCUUUUGCUGUUCGAACCAAUCUGCGCUAUGAUGGCAGUGAAGAUGAUGACUCACCUGUCCAUGGUGCUGCAGUUUCGUUUGAGGCCAAAGACUUCCUUCAUGUAAAAGAGAAAUUCAACGACGACUGGUGGAUAGGAAGAGUUGUAAAAGAAGGCUGUGACAUUGGUUUUAUUCCAACGCCAAGCAAGCUGAAGUCUUUACAGCAAAUUGGGGGCACCGCAAGUGGACGUGGAAUGCGGAAUUCCAAACGGGACGUUUUUCAGUUUGAUAUGGUAAACCAAGCGCAGUCUCCCACAAAUACCUCGCCUUCUCGACACUCGUCCACUUCAGUAGAUGCUGAGAACGGAGUUGAAUACGAUGACGACCAGCAGAGUCCAACAAGUCCGACCAACAAGACCCUACCUCGCUCAGCGUCAGGAACCACCGUCUCGUCCCAGCCUGGCACGGCCACCGGCACACAGGGGAAGCCCAAGAAAGGCUUAUUCAAAAAGCAAGAGCAGCUCCCGCCUUAUGACGUCGUCCCUUCUAUGCGUCCAAUCGUACUUGUCGGCCCUUCGCUCAAAGGAUACGAGGUCACCGAUAUGAUGCAAAAAGCUUUAUUGGACUUUAUGAAGCAUCGAUUUUCGGGAAGGGUUUUGAUAGCCCGUGUCACGUCGGAUAUUAGCCUGGCUAAACGGACGAACAUGUCGAACCCCGGAAAGCAGACAAUUAUGGAGCGAACCAAAAACAAGAACACUGGCUUAGCCGAGGUACAGCAGGAGAUUGAACGCAUCUUUGAGCUCGCACGUGGUUUGAACCUUGUCGUGCUGGACUGCGAAACAGUAAACCACCCAACGCAACUGGCGAAAACGUCACUUGCUCCUAUGAUUGUCUACAUCAAAAUCGCCGCGCCCAAGGUACUUCAGCGGCUAAUAAAGACUCGAGGCAAAUCCCAGUCAAGAAACCUGAGCAUACAGCUUGUUGCCGCCGAGAAACUAGCGCAAUGUAGCGAGGAUAUGUACGACCUUGUUCUUGAGGAAACACAAUUGGACGAUGCUUGUGAACAUUUAGGUGAAUUUCUGGAAAGUUAUUGGCGGGCGACUCACCCGCCCAACCAACCUGGUAGUAGACCGCCGAACGUGCAACCAUCCAACUCGACUCCGCAGUACAAUGUAAUCGAAGGAGGGGAACGGCCGAGUGUCUACCUGUAAUCGCCCUCUCGACUUUUAACGGGGCAUUUUUAUGAAAACCCUAGAUGGCCUGGAUUGACGGCCAGCAUAAUCAAAUCUACAGAAGCCUUAGAUACAAGACCUUUCGGCUGUGUGUGGCCGCUUGUGCUUUUUAUAACGCACCAUAGCCACUUUGAGCCAUAAGAUAAAGAAAUCAUUCAUUGUUCAUAUGACACCGAUCGGCAUUGAGGUAAACCUACAGCGGUACGGAUAAAGGACAGUUGAACACGGAAUUAUGGCUUUUCACUGAAUUUGCGGUCUUGAGGAAGCCUGCAGACCGGGGAGAGAGAGCUCUCUGGGUUGCUUUAAUAUGGCUUCCCUGAACUGUUUCUACUAUACACGAAGUGCUUAAAGGGCUAUCAGUCCUUUAUGUUAAGGAGUUAAAUGUGGCCUGCGCAAGAUUAGAUUGAGGGACAGGCAAGCCGGUUUGCUUAUAACCAAAGAGCAGCAUGGAGCCACGCCCAUGGAGGUUAAGCGCUAGUGCUGUCUUAAUUCGCAUUCACAACCAUGUACCCAUUCACUUUGAAGAAAUAAUCAUUAGUAUAUCAUCACCAGCGAGGCGCACAGUGCGUUCUAUAGUCACGACGCAACAGACGACUUUUUUUUACAAAAUUCCACGGUGACCACGGUAGCACAAAACACACUAUCCACUUCGCCUCCCUAGCGCGGACACACAGAUGUAGAUUUAAAGUCGAUAUAUAAUUACGAGCCGCUGUAGUAACAGUUGUUUUAUAUUUUUAAGCCUUGAUAGUAAAUAUGAAUUAAAGCGGCAGUCUCAGCGGUAGUUACAUUGAAUUAAAAAGAUAUAUAUUAGAAUUUCGGGGCCCCAAUUUGGGAGACUCUAGUUUACGAUAAGACUUGGACACUGGAAGAUAUUUAAAAGCCACCGCUGGGGACAACGUGCUGCAGCUCGUCCAAUCAGCAAUGCAGACAGAUAGUGAGAUUGUCACGUGCCGCUGCUCGUCCAAUCAACAUUCGCCUUAUAUCAAUUCGGAAUUGUAGUUUGCGCGUAGCAGCGCACACGCACUGGGCUUUUUGAAAUUUUGCGAUAUUAUGCGAUUUAAGAAUAGAUUUAAUUCUGACAGAAAAUAUAUAAAGAAGGAACCCUGUCUGACGAAGUGAGCUUUUAAUUUGCGGUUUCAUAGAAUGUUGCCUAUUGCAAGACCAGGUUGUGCGAGCUUCAUAGCAAGUUGCCUAUUGCAAGACCAGGUUGUGUGAGCUUCAUAGCAAGUUGCCUAUUGCAAGACCAGAUUGUGCAAGCUUAAUAGCAAGUUGCUAUCGCAAGACCAGAUUGUGCAAGCUUCAUAGCAAGUUGCGGAUUGCAAGACCAGGUUGUGUGAUCCUAGAGCUGCAAUUGGUGCAAAAGUGUAUCACGAUAUUUUACUGGUUUUAUAUACGUUCGCAACAGUAUUUCUAAAUUGAUCCUAAUAAUUGAACUAUGUGUGAUUUGCAUUUUCUCUUUAAUAAUUUGCUUUAUCCUAGAAUGAGGUCUGCAAAAGAAACUAUAAUGAUAUAGAAUCGCAUAAAAAAAUCCCGCGGGUCGGUACGGGUGUGAGAUAGAAAGCCCGCGGGACGGUACGGGUACAAGAUAGAACGCUUGCGGGAUCGGAAGAUUAUCGUGUUUUUAAUGUUUCCUAUGCACUACCCCAUCCAAGGAAGUUAUCGGGCAAAUUAUUAUUUGUAGCAGCUAAAACGGCUCCCGUUUACUUAACAAAUUAAUUGAUGUGAUUCUUGGUCAUGUAGCUUAGAUGACUUUACUGCGCGAUGACGGUUUCAAGGGCGGGUAGAUGUCACCGGCGAUAUCUGCUUGACAAACCUCGGCAUAUUCGAGAACCCAGUUUUCCCCUUUGCCAUCUCUGAUGAAAAAUAAUGCCUGCGGAGGGGGAGGGGGAAGAUUGGUUAUAAACUGUAUUGCUGAGGGCGAAAUCAUUGUCUUACUCGUAGUUUCAGUAGAACCUGAAUAUACUCCUUCCAUUUAGCUGUGGGUAUAGCUGAGACUUGUUUCGGUUGUAUAUCUAAGUGCGUAGAAUUUUGUAUGCUCUAUUUUCUAGGCAGUCAAUGCAAGUGUUUCCAAGGCGUUUGCUUGCAUACUGCCUGCACUUAUAUUAUUGAUUUGUAAAUAAAGUCUGUCAACAUUGAA